CAGGUCGCCAGUCUGUCGCAGACACGGCAUGUAAACUCAAAAUAACUGAACGUUCUGUCAAUCUAAUUAAUGGAAUGUUUUACUAAAGUUACAUUUUAAACUGAAGAUGUUAAAGCGUAAUGUGAAGCAGAAGGAUGCGAGCCUGGAGUUAGUCUGGCUGCUGUCAUAGCUGCUCUUCAGUGCGCAUGCUCCUCCUCUCCUCCCUCCACACGUCGACGCGACCCCGCUCUCCAUCUGACAGCUGGCAGCGCGACAUGCUCAGAACCCGACCUGGAGCUCCCCACCAGCGCAGAUUCGGUUCUGGUCCGAGGGGAAACCGAGCCGCUAGGUUGGAGUCCGAGCAGCUGUCGGGUUGAGCUUCUGGAUCCCAGGCGGCAUGACGCGCUCCUGAUCCCGGCCGGACGCCUUCCUUCCCCCUGUUACAUUUUGGAUCCGUUUGGACAUCCGGAGGCCUGAUCAUGUCUGUUAGAGAGAAGGAGGUCCUGACCAAAGACAGCGUCAGCCUGUUGCCCUGCUUCUAUUUUGUGGAGCUACCCAUCCUGAUCUCAUCUGUGGUCAGUCUCUACUUCCUGGAGUGGACCGAUGUGUUCAAGCCGGUGAAUUCUGGAUAUAACUGCCACGACCGCAGCCUAAGCCUGCCCUACAUCGACCCCAACCACGAGGUCAUCCCGCUGCUGAUGCUGCUUAGCCUGGUCUUCGUUGGACCAGCCAUCACUAUCAUGAUUGGAGAGGCCGUCUUGUUCUGCUGCCUCUCUCGGAGGAAGACUGGCGGUGGAACAGAGGCUAGCAUCAACGCAGCUGGCUGCAAUUUCAACUCUUUCAUUCGCCGAGCCAUCCGCUUUGUUGGUGUUCAUGCGUUUGGCCUGUGUGCGACCGCCCUUAUUACCGACAUCCUGCAGCUAAUGACUGGCUAUCCAACACCCUACUUCCUCACUGUGUGCAAACCCAACUACACCACACUGAACAUCAGCUGUGAUAAGAAUCCCUAUGUGAUAGAGGAUAUCUGCUCAGGAGCAGACUCUGCAGCUAUAAACCAGGGGAGAAAAUCCUUCCCAUCCCAGCAUGCCACACUAGCAUCCUUUGCUGCUGUCUACAUAUCAAUGUAUUUCAACAGCACUCUCACAGACUCAUCCAAGCUGCUUAAGCCUCUGCUGGUCUUCUCUUUUAUUAUAAGUGCCAUCAUUUGUGGUUUGACUAGAAUCAUUCAGUACAAGAACCACGCUGUUGACGUUUAUCUGGGAUUCCUGAUUGGAGGUGCUACCGCUGUGUACCUGGGGGUGUAUGCAGUUGGAAAUUUCCAGUCAAGUGAGGAGCCUAACAGCAGUCCUCCUGUCCUUUUGCACCACCCUUCUUGCACAUUAACACAUGUAAGUCAGGAGGCUGUUCUCCAUCACCUUCAGAUGAAAGCUAGUAUGUCUAGUGAGGCUGGUAUCCCUGCCUCCCACUCUGAAAGCCUGCUUCACCGAGGCAUUCAGCAGCAGAGACCUGAAGACAGCCUAAAGCGCUGGAAUGCUAAUGUGGAAGUGAUGUCGCUCUGCAACCCCCAGAGCAAAGAUGCCAUGAUGAGUUUUAGCCAUACGCUCCCUCGGGUUCACACCCCUCAGGCCAUAGCAGCAUAUGAAGAAGCUGCAAGACGCCAUGCUGCCACUCUCCACCAUGCGUCCAUGGACUCCAGUCGCUCAAAGCAGCUUCUGUCUCAAUGGAAAAGCAAGAACAACAACCAUAAAUGCUCCAUGAUGUCCCCAGACUCCUUUUCCUCCUCUGUCGACUCAUCUUCUGGCCACCUUCCACAUCAUGGCAGCAUCGAGCUACGAUCCAGCUCUGAACCAUCCUCUGUGGGCAUAAAUGGGGGGCUUGAUGCCAGCACAUACAUGUCCAAGCUAUCCACUGGUGCUAGUACCACACUACCAAGUAACUGCAGUGGAAUCACUGGAGGCGCCAGGAUAUCAAUGCAAUCUAGACCUGGGUCUUCACAGUUAGUUCACAUACCAGAGGAAGCACAUGAAAAUUACAACACCACUUCCCAAAGGACAGGAGCAAGUGACAUAACAGUCAACAGUACAGUUCAAGCUAACUGGCAAAGAGCAGCUGAGAAGACUGGAAACAUGCAGAGCACCCAACCACGAAUCAUGCAAGUGAUUGCUAUGUCCAAGCAGCAGGGUCUACUUCAAACCCAUUCCAAAAGCUUAGAUGAAAGCAGCAUGGGUUUUAAUGAUAAUGGAAGUUGCCACGGUAGUACGCGAUACAGGGCAGUCACCGAUCAAGACCCUAUCAGCACCACAGGGCCCAGCUCACUGGGCAGUACCACUGGUAGCAUUUCAGGAAGCACUGGAGCAAUUGUCAGAGUAGAAGCCCACCCAGAAAAUAACAAACCAGUUAUUCAAGCUCCGUCUACAGAUGGAAGUGGAUCUUGGAGGUGGCGAUCGCUGGAUCAUGGCAACAGUUUUGGUGGAAGUACAGGGACUAGCUGUGUUGGUAGUGGGUCAGGUCCUGGGAGUCUCAGGCAGACUGUUGAGCACAAUGAUCAAAGCGUCGACUCGGAGAGUUCAGACUCAGCUCGUGAAGGGUCCGUUGACCGGAAGCCUGGCAAACAUAUUAUUAUUACCACCUCAACUGUUGGAACCCCAUGCAUAGUUACUGUUCACACCCAGAACACUGGCCAGUCAGAGCAAAGGCUCCAUCCUCAGGGCCUUUCCACCAUAAGGGUCACUCCAGGAGAUGGAUGUUGUCCUGGGGCUGGCGGAGGUGGUAACUUAGGGGGAGAGGCAGCUACCGAAAUUCCCUCAGUUGCUUCCAGUCGUGAGUCAACGCUGCGAAGAAAAAGCAAUAAUAUCAUUAUGAUCCCAGAGAGAGCCAACAGUCCUGAUAAUGCUAGGAAUGUUUUCUACAAGGGAACCUCAAUUACUCCUACUUUCAAGGAAUAAAACAGGAUGUGACCGGACUACCAUUUGAAGAAGGCAAACAGAACAUGUGUAUUUUCAGAAAAUUCAAAGAUAUCAAUUCGUAAGAAGUUUAUAUGUAGCAUGGUUCUUGUACACGUUUACACUGAAGCACAACAGUUUGUGAGUUGUUAAAAUAAUCACUGUGUAUUUCUUUGUGGUCACUCCUAUGGGAAUCCUUUUUAUAGAGUUAUAUGUUUUGGACUAAAAAAAAACCCCAACAAAAAACAAUGUGCCAGUCACAUUAAGACAAAAUUGUUGUUUCAUAGCUGUGAAACCAAUGUUUACUUCCCUACAUUGUAAAUACUGUGUAUACUUGAAAGUGGUGCUACACCAGUCAAAACUAUUUACUUUGUAUAAAGCAUUCUGUAUUCUCCAAAUACACCAAUAAUUAUUUUACAAAGAAUUGCAACUAUGGCAAGAAGAAUUUUGUAAUUCUUCUGUCCUGUACAGGUAGCCCAUCUUUAACAGAAUACUGUUGGAACCAUAAGUGAGCUUAGCAUUUAUCAUGUAGCUACAAAGACAAAUUAGAUGUAACUUGCACUAAAGUAAGCAUUUACUGUACGCUGCAUCAUGAGGUUUUAUACAUCUAUCUACAUAUACUACUCACGAAGUGUUAGGGAUAUUUUGCUUUUGGUCAAACUUGUGGAAAAGAUAAAAAUUUCACACAACAAUGAUAUCAUAGCAUGGAAGUAAGAAAGUUUAGAACAGUGAUUUCCCUACCUCACACAGUGUAUUAAAAGAAAAGCCAAGAGUGGUGGGUAUGCAACAAUAAUUAAUGUCGAUGUCUCCAUAAUGUGUCAUGUGACUUGAGCAUUAAUUACAACUUGACAACAAUGUCUCUGACUGUUCACAAGUCAACUUAUAGUCUGUUGUGGCAUGACGUCCCUCUCUUCUUGAAGGGCGACCCUCAGAUCAUUGAGUUUCUGGAAUAUGGAGUUACAAGUCUCUGUACAGCAACUCAGCCGACCCCACAGGUUCUCCACGAGAUUCAGUUCUGGUGGAAAUGUUGGCCACUCCAGUUAUGGUACCCUGGUGUUCAGCAGCUGUUCUUCAAGAAUGCAGCCUUGAUGACCUGGAGCAUUGUCAUCCCUUUGUUUUUUAUCAUUAAUCCAUGACUAGAUUAAAUAUGCUAUUUAAGUUGUAUCAUUUCUGUUAAACGUGAAUAAACUUAUAUCAGAGAAACAUUCCCUGGCCCAUCUAAGACCUGGCCCCUCAGCCUGUUGGUGUGAUCAGUUAUCGUUGCAGGUUGUCACGGACACAGACCACACUGAUGUUAAUGAUUCCUAAUGAUAGGAUGUGGCAUGUGGGAGCCUCUCACCUCUCUUAAAUGUACCAGAAGUUGAAUGGUAUUCAUCAUUCGGUUGUGCUGGGCAUUGUUCACUUCAUAGCAGACGUGGCCAAACAACGUCCACUUUUAAACCUUUCUGUGACUCUGUGACUUCCUGUCUUUCUAUAUCUAUGUUGCAACAUGCUGAUGAUACUGUGACUCUGUAAGCUCAGUGGCCACUUCCAUCUGAGAACAUCCUGUUUGAAGCUUCAAAAUAGAAAUUGUGUUGGUCAAUUGUUAGCUGUUGCUCUGGUCUCAUGAUGUCAAAAUGUCUACAGUAUGUUGAGGAGAACUGUUUUAGUACAAGAAAAAACCAACAACAAACAGUUGAGGUAGGAAAUGUAUUGGUUGAUUCAGGGAUCAAACACCUGUUGUGAAUUUACCCAUUAGAGAACAGUAGGUUGUGCAAAAUGUAUUGAAACAUUGAACAGUUGGAUAUGUGUAUUCAAAGAUUUAGCAAAAGUCAUAUUAAUUUCACCUGGAAAGGUUAUAAUUCAUUCUGAAACUUCAUCUGAAAGUGUAAUAUCCCUAACUUUUUGUAAGUACAUUUGUACAUGAAUGGCAAUCAAUUUUUAGAGCACAUACAGCAGCAAAGCAACACACUAUUUCACCAGUUUUACAACUUCUAAAUGUGUUGAAAGGUUGACAAAAUGUCAGACCUUGGGGUUUUUUUGGAAAGUAUUUGAAAUAUUCCAGUGAAAUCCAUUUUGUGCCCAUGAAUUACCUGAGUCAGUAAGAGUGCAUAAAAAAGACUUACUUCAGUCAGUGUAAAUACAAAAAGCAUUAUCAGAUGAAUAUCUUUUUAAAGGACCAAAAUCUUUGCAAACCAACGCAGCAAUAUGUGAAAAAGGAAUUGUGCGCUUUCUUAAAUCAUACAGUUGCUUACAGUUUCUCCAAACCAGCUACUGCUGGACCUGGACAGCCUUCCACUAGACCUCAGAAAGUGAUUAGGCAGCCAUCAGCUUGUGUCGGGUUAUGCAUCAGGCAACACCACCUUUUAAUACAACUUGACGGCUUUGGAGUGGCCUAGAUUAAGUAUGAAAGUAUUGAAAAUCCUCCAGCCGUUGAAUUAGAAUAAUUCUGUAAAGGAAAGUUGCAAGCAGCUAUAAUGUUUAGGAGCAUUUAUGGUUUCACAUAGGACAAACUUGGAUUGCAUAGCUUGUUUUUCUUUAUAGAUAAAAUAAAUCCUUGUUUGAAAACUGCUUUUUUAUUCACUCAGGUUUGAUUUUCUAAUUCCAAAAACUGCAUAAUCAUCUAUAGCAACUAAUUAUGAGAAAAGCUCCCUUAAAUUACUUAAAUCCCUAUAUACUGAAGCUGCAGUACUUCAGCAUAUAGUGUUUUAGAAAGAGGGAUCUUUUUUGUUCACAAUAUCUAAAUGCUGUAUUCCUCUGUGUACAUCAAUGUAGCAAAAGCACAGAUUGUUUUAAACAACCUAAUGUUGCUUGUGUAGCAGCGUUCAACCAGAGUUUCCUAAAAGAUUUAAACAUAAAGUGGCAAUUUCAAUUAAAAUGCAUUCUGUUGGUUUUUGUUUGUGUAUAGCUGUAUUGGAUUCUCUGUUUUCUUGCUUGACAACCAGGAAUUUAAAUGAACUUUUUGGGGUGAAUGUGGAAUAUUACUGUCAAAAAGAAGUAAGAUAGGUAACAGAAACCUUGAGCAUUGUUCAGAAAAAUCAGCUUUUGCUCCUUUAUGUGUUAGUGAGCUGAACACUGGCAUUGUUCAUCAUUCUUCAGGGUGAAACAGCCCUGAUGCCUUCAGGUUCUCUGGUUCUGACAUUUUUUUAUAAGAGUUAAAGGACAUGGUGGUUCUCUAACCCUUUACCUUCACACUUUAGUGUUCAAUUUCCAGUAGAUUCUACAAUCAUGUCUCAUGCAGUUUUUUGUUAAUUUUUUCUUUUGCUUUUAACAAAAUCCAGCACUUUUUAACUGAUCAUUUGUCUUAUUUUAAAUCACCAGAGCAGUUUUUCUAAAAUUUGUUUAUUUAAUUUUUUUUUUUACAAACUCCAGCAGGAAUGAUUGCUCCAAGAUAAUUGGACUUCAGCAGAGAUUCUUGAGUAUGCUAUGUAAGAAACAGGGGUUUGGAAGAGCAAAGAAAAAAAUCAGUCAAGCUGACCAAAUCAUUUUAGGGGUAAAGUGAACCCCCUUUAUUUGUGAGGGCUUAGGGACCAUCACUGCCUAAAAUCUGUGAAAACUUGAAACCCCCUCUAACAGAGCUUAGAACUGCCUACUUUAGAACACCAAAUAAACCUUGAUAUGCAUAAAAUGUAUUGCACUCAUGGAUUGGCUGCUUUGCAGUUACCAGCCAGUGAUGUGUAAAGUAUCACUGUUGGUAAGUUUUUUUAAUUGUCCUUUAGAACUAAUAAAGUCAUGUAUCCAGCAGUGUAUAAAUUGUACCAUGGGCUGUCAGUCAGAUUGGAGCAUGCUCUGAGUUGUUGACCUGCUCCAUCAUCACCUUCUGUCUCAGCCUUACAUCUCUGGAAGACAUCUGUUAAUUUCCCUAUGAACAGUUUCUCAUUAUUGUCUGCCACCAAUUUUAACUUUUGCAGAUUUCUGGUGACCUCGGGAUCUUAUUACACUUAUGCAAGUAUAUUCCAAAUCUCCAAUGUGUAUGUUGACAAAUUCUUAAUGAUUACCUUAAUAUUAAACAAUCAAUCAAUACCAACUUUUUUAUUGACCCUCUUAAUUGAAGCUCAGUUAUUUUGGGGAAGAUACAUAAAACACCACUUUUAAGUUGUAUAUUAUUGCUUUUCACAUUUACUUUAGUGAUAUUUAGAACAUUUUUCUUCAAAAUAUCAACUUGAAGAGAAUUUAUAACUAAAUUAUCUUUAUAACUCUCUUCAAGUUGUAAAUUCUUGAAGAGAAUUUAUAACUAAAUUAUCUUCAAGUUCCUGGUUGUACAGUACUAAAACAAAGACUAUCAUAUUUGUUUUAGUCUCUGUUAGUUUGGUGCUUUGAUUUUGUUUUGUGCCAAAUGGUACUUUGUGAAUUUUCUGACAAAAUAAAUGUUUAUUAUUAAAUGUUUAUGUAAUUAAAAAAAACAUACACACACACUUUUGGUAUUUUAGAAUUUGUUACAAAAAGAAACUGGGACAACUGUUUCUUGUCAUAUUGUGAUAUGGCAAGAUGUACCAAAGUCUGGUUUUUCUCACAUCAGAACAUUUGUGUAGCAAAUUUUGUAACCCCAGAAACAUUAUAAGCAUGUUUUUUUAUUAUAUAAAACAGUAGAAUUUAGUCAUACUAUAAUCAUAUAUCAUCAUGUUUCUUCUCUGUCUCUGACUGUCAUAAGGCAAGCUUUGUAUCUAGGUACAGUACUCUGAUUAUUGCUUAUACAGUUGUCACUGUAUAUGAUGACUAUGUGAAAUGUGUACAUAUUCAAGAAAAUUGCAGGAAGUAGUCUUGAACGUCAAGACAAUUUCUCAGUAAGGAAAUAAUUAUUUACUAAGCAGUCCAAAAUAGUUUACAUAUGAAACUUCAUGUCAUAUUAUUACUUCAUUUAAUGGUCUGGCUGCUCUGUUAAAGUUCACCUCAGAAUCAUUUUACUUCUCAUUUUUGAAAAGUGCCAAGAGAAGUCACUCCACCUGUCUGCAAUGUGAAACACACAAAGCUGGCAGAAGUUCAGCUUUUAUAAAAAACUAAAUUAGAACAGCAUCUUUCAACUCUUUCUUUUCACUUUGUGUCUCUUGUGAUUGUUCGGGUACAUAUAAUAUGUGAUGAAAAGGGGAACAGGUUACAGAGUAGUAGAUAAUAAGUAAAUAAGGUUUUCUCUUAUGGCCACAAAGACCUACUUACCCUGUUUGUUGCUCCCAGCACCAGCCUCAAUACUUAUUCAUGGUGUGGCUUUUGAUAUUUACUGGAGUAGAUUUUAUGACGUGAAAAAUCUAUAAAUGUGUUAUUCUUAAAAAGUAUAUUUCCUACAAACUUUGAUACUCUAGUCAUCUUGAAAAAAAUUAUUUGGAUCCAAGCCUUAAUGUUCUAAACACUCCAUAUAGCAUAAUGUUUGAGUUCACUGAAAAAGCACACAUUGUUUUACAGUUAGAAGAAGAAAAAAAAAAACAACAGAUCUGAUUUUCUGUACUUUCUAGAAGUCAGUGGAAUCCAAAAGUGAAGCGUGACACUUAUCCAGAUGCUGAAACUGUGGAUAGAGAAUCUUUGCAUGUGUAGACUAAUGUGCCGUCUCUGGAUGAACAAUAAAUGUUUUCUGAUUCUGUC